AAUACUGAAAUUUCCUCCUCCAUUUAAAGACACGGAUUCCGAGGAGUCAAUCAAGCUUCUUGUCUUCAAAUAAGACACUCGUCGGUUCUUAGAGAGAGAAUAUCGCAGAAAGAAAAGGGUUUUUUUAAUGGAAGACGCAGCCCCUGAGACAUGCAUGCUACGUUUUAGACCUAAUUUCUAGAGUGAGAUUGAAGAUUUACUUCCAUUGAAGGAUAAGGAAAAUGGCAUCAGCUUCUACAGAGGAAGUGGUGAAUGCAUUGAUGGAAUACUUAGUUGAUCCUCACUUGCCUUUGAAAUCUUCUGCCAUUAAGGAACCUCCCUCUCUUUCUCAGCAGCUCUCUGUUGCCAAACAGUUGCAUGCUGUUGUGUUACUUUACAACUACUACCAGAGGAAGCAAAAUCCACAGGCACAAAAUUUAGACUUUGAGUCAUUUUGCAAGUUGGCUGUGGCUCUAAAACCGGCUUUGGUUUCAUACAUGAAGUUCAUGAAUCAAUCUGAUCCAACUGGCUCCAAGGACACGGACAAUGAUCUUUCUGUAGCUGAAAAAGCAAUUCAAGAUGCUUGCAAUAUAUCUUGCGCUUUAGAUGCCUCCAAAAAUGUUCCGUCUAUAAACAAAUGGCUAAUUGCCAAAGCUUCUGUCUUAUUACUAGACUCUAAGAAAGAAACUUGUUGGCUGCUUUAUAGUUCUGUCACAGAUGGCGUCUGGUCUCUCCUCGAAAAAAAUCGUGAGCUUCCCUCUGCUGAAAUUGAAGGUAUGGUGGAGGGAAAACAUCCAAACAAAAAGAGGCGAACCAGUAUGAGACCAGUGACGGUAGAGCAAAAAGAUGAUGACUCUGGCUUUCAGCAGUUUGCGUUUUUGGCUGUCAAGGAUGCAACAGGUAUUUCUCGGUCUGACCUUGUGGUUUUGGAGAAGCAUGUGGUAUAUUCACUAACUAAAGAAAAGACAGCAUCUUGCUUUUACAUCAUGCAAUGUAAAUCAAUCAAUCAGGACAUUCAAAUUCCUGUCAAGGAGAUUUUUGAGAGUUUACAGGGUCCAUUGGUGAAAAAGAGUUCUGGUAGUUGGUCCACUACAGAAGUAGUUGAGUACUUUCAUCUGCUUCCCUAUGCCAAUAUCAUGUCAGCCUUUCUUUUGAGCCAGAGUGUAGAGGAACCUGUAGAAAAGAUAGAAGCAAAGACGCCUGAUGAAAGUUAUGAAGCUUUAAUUGGAACAAAGUCAGAUCGUAUAAACCUAGAAAUUUCAGAGGCAAAACAUGGUGAUGGUCGCGAAAAAGUUAGUCGUUCUGCAGUUGGUCAAGAAGCAACUGUUGUAGAUGGCCACCAGAGGAUAAGGAAAAGUGAAGAAGCUGGGAGAGAUAGUUCAAUUAAAAAUACAGAAAUUGUAGAUUUCAGUGAUGAUAAGCUAUCUGAUGUCAACUUGGAAUGUCUAAAUGAUACAAGUAAAAAGGUACACCACGAAAAUAGCAGAGACUAUAAAGAUUCAACUGCAAAAGAAUUGUAUGAUACCAUCAACCGUCCAAGGACACAAGAAGAUAAAGCCGAGGAGCUGGUGAAGUCCACUAAAAGCUGUGAAAUCAAUGAUUUUAAUGGAAUGGAGUUAGCUGGUGCUCAUCCUGAACCUUUGGAGGUGCAAGUGAAUGAUGAUUAUCACUUUUCUAGGUCUCCUACUAGGCCUCAGAGGAUGGACAUGGAUGCUUGUAUUCCCUGCUCCAAAAAUGGAAACAGUAAGGAUCGUAAGCUUAUUACAAAGGUUUACCAUCACGAGAAAAAGAGGACGAGGGUGAGUGGUGGAGAAAUCAUUGGAGGUGGUGUAAUUUGCAAGGCAGAAAGAACUGAUGAAGGGAAGGCUGGUAAAGAGUGUGGCCUUUCCACUAUCUCACCUAAUCGAAAUGGGAUUUCAGUGGCACAUACUGCAUUUGUUCCUUAUCAGCAUGAUACUAUGGAUAUAGGCGAUUUACAAACUGUUUUGGCUUCAAAAGAGAAGGCUUUAACUCAAAGUGCCCUUAGAGUUCUUCUUGAUAAACGAGAGAAACUGUGUCAUCAACAACAUAAAAUAGAAGAUGAAAUAGCAUUAUGUGAUAAAAGUAUUCAAAGAAUCUUAGAUGGUAUGAUUUCUAUCUCAGGCUUUAGUAGCUUUUUUUGUUUCAGUUUCUUUGUGCUAGUAUUACUCUUUUUACAUGACUUGGUACUGUAUGGAUCAAAAUUAUUUUCUUCUGCUUGUUGUUUGUUUUUCCUCCUCACUUGUUUGAUCUUUUUUAAGAAAUGAAUGUCAAAUGAACUUACUAGUUGCCUCUGUAUCUCCUUUUAGACCCAUUUUAUUCCAAGCUGACAUGGUGAGUGUGUAGUGGGCAUGUCGUAAUCAAUUCAACCUUUAGGAGAUUCAUCAUAGUUAGACUAUUCUCAUGCUGGUUGUCAAACCUACCCGCAGCCCUCCUUUAUACAUAUGCUUGGGACUGAAGGAAGUCAAAACUAAAGUAAUUACUCCAUUUUUUGACCUCAACUGAUGUAUGAAUAUAAAACCUUGACGCAUUAUCAUGUUAGAAAUUAUCAAAUGCAAAAAAUCAGUAUUGCGGAGUUGGAUAACUGAAGUACUGAACAUGGAAGACUCAUAGCAUUGUAUUUCUUCUCUCUUUGUUAAGCAAUUAGAUACAGUUACUUGUGCAUAAAAGCUGCACUCAAAACAACUACAAAAGCUAUCAAUACUAUAUCUCACAUCGUAAGUGUAUUACCAGUUUUAUCAUGUAUGGACAGAUGUUGAAGUUGAUAACGUAACUGUUAUGCAUGGAGUACAACAAAGACCCUAGGGUGCUUUGUCCUAAGUUAA